AUGGACGAUCGGUGCACGGGAGCAGGGGGAAUGGAAAACACCUCCAGCAGCAAUCUGCAAUUGUUCCACAUUCUCAUGGAUUAUGGAAUGCGACUGUUACACAAGGGCCAGGACUUCUUCGAGCUGAAAAAUCCCAUCCAAGUGGCAAAAGUGGAGCUGCAGAAGAUUUGCAUUUACAACCUCAAGUCAAUCUACGAAGUCAGCUUACCGGAGGUGAAGGUACUUCCAAUGGAAGAAAGUAGAAGGGAGGAGUGGGAGGUGACCACACGCUGCUUCAGCAUUGACUGGAAUAUAGGCCUGAAGCAGCUGACUGUGUGUGCGGAGUCGAAGCUGAGAGCAUUCUUCAAGACCAAGUUCCACCCAGUCGAAAUGAUAAUUGAGCCACUCAUUCUCCAUGUCAGGCUCCGCAUCUGCUUUCCGUUUGUGGAAUCGCCGCAGCCGUCGCGAUUGCCUCAUGGCUCGCCACUAAAUCUGCCACAUUUCGCAACCUUUUCCAUAGACCUGGAAGACGUCGACAUUGAGCAGUGGAAAGGUGUUCACAUCAAAGGCAAAGGCGCCUUCAACAAGAUAGUGGGCUUUGUUGUCAACAGCGGCGUCUUCACGAGUCUGAUUCGGAAGGCGAUCCUGAAGAAGGUGAGGAAGAUAAUGCCACAGAAGUUUGCUGCACUGAAGGAGAAAAUCCACGCUAAGGUGAAUGCUCUGGUUAACCGGACCAUUGAACGCUAUGCUGUGAGAGUGCCUCGAAACAUGAAGUAG